GCUCAUCAUGUCCGGUCAAGGCGCCCGCGAAGCAGUAUUCCCCACCCGCAUGAACCUGAACAUAAUGCAAGGCCGGCUAAAGGGUGCACAAACGGGUCAUUCCCUCCUCUCCCGAAAACGGGACGCCCUAACAACGCGUUUCCGGGGGAUCUUGCGUAAGGUCGACGAAGCAAAACGCCGGAUGGGGCGGGUGAUGCAGCUCGCGAGCUUUAGCUUGGCUGAGGUGACGUAUGCCGCUGGAGGGGAUAUUGCGUACCUCGUACAGGAGCAGGCGAAGAACGCGACGUUCAAGGUCAAGGCGAAACAGGAGAACGUUAGUGGGGUUAUGUUACCCGCGUUUGAUGCUGUGAGGGAGGGCAGCACAGACUUCAAUCUUACCGGCUUGGGCCGAGGCGGGCAGCAGAUCCAAAAAGCGCGGGAAGUAUAUGCCAAAGCGCUCGAAACGCUCGUCGAGCUCGCUUCCCUCCAGACGGCAUUCACCAUCCUAGAUGAAGUCAUCCGGACUACGAACCGAAGAGUGAACGCGAUCGAGCAUGUUAUUAUCCCAAAGCUAGAUAAUACGAUCAAGUAUAUCAUUUCGGAGCUAGACGAGAUGGACAGGGAGGAGUUCUUCCGGCUAAAGAAAGUCCAAGGAAAGAAGAAACGAGAUGCAGAAGCACGCGAUGCGCUCAAAAGACAGCAAGAGGCUGAAGGGACCUUACCCGCACCGGUGGAGGAUACAGAGACAGAGGCGGAGCAUGCGCUGGAUUUGUUGGCGGAGAAGGAUGCGGAUGUCAUCUUCUGAGCAGGUGAGGGGCUGAGAGUGCGGGAGUAGGGGUGCGACACUGUACGAAGUUAUUAUUCACUGGUAUGCGGCACUGCGUCUGGAGGUGCAAGAUUAGUGGGGCUGCUCGAAGAC